AUGAAAGGCUGCCUGCUCCUGCCCCUUCUCCUGCUGGGGACAGUUUCUGCUCUCUAUCUGGAGAAGGAUGCCCCCCAUCUGGGUGAUCCAGAGACACAGGCAGACCUGAGCCAGGAUCUGGAAGGCUCAGGGGGGCAGGAAGGAGAGCUGGCCCUGAGUGGUGAGGUGCUUGAUUCAGGGGUAGAGCAGGCCGAGGACGCCCAUGACGAUGAGGGGGACUCAGACCCAGAUGACUUAGAUGAGGACGUGCAGUGCCCCAAGGAAGAGGAGACAGUGCAACUUCCAGGCAGUCCUGAGUGCAAGAGCUGCCGCUACAGGAUGGUGUGGACCCUGAAGACGUUUACGGAAGCUCGGAGAGUCUGCAGGAAGUGCUACCGAGGCAACCUCGCCUCCAUCCACAGCUUGAGUGUCAACUAUCACAUCCAUCGCUUGUCCGUAACGACCAACCAGGCACAGGUCUGGAUCGGAGGUCAGUUAUGGUGCAGAAGAUUUAUCUGGACUGAUGGGAGUUCUUGGAAUUUUACCUACUGGGCUGCAGGACAACCUACGUUUGGGAGAGGCUGCUGUGUAGCCCUGUGCACCAGAGGGGGUCACUGGCGACGAGCUCCGUGCAAAAGGCGUCUGCCCUUCAUCUGCUCCUACUAA